AUGGCGGAAGAAUUGAUCUCAGAAAAUGCUGGAAAAACCAGCGGGCAUCUCACCAAGUCUCUGCUGGCGGUGGCUCUCCUGUCCUCGUUUGGCAGCUCCAUGCUCUACGGCUACAACCUGGCAGUCGUCAACUCACCUGCACAGUACAUCAAAGCGUUCUACAACGAAACAUUACUCGAGCGCCAUGACCGGACUCCAGACGAUCAUCUUCUCACAGUGCUGUACUCCAUCACCGUGUCCAUCUUUGCCAUCGGCGGGAUGACCGGAGCGCUGCUGGUGGGCAGACUCGUCACCAAAUACGGGAGGAAAGGGACGCUGGUGAGAUCCACCAUGCUGGUGUUUGUUGGAGGUGCUCUGAUGGGCUUCAGCAGGUGGUUCAGGAAUCCUGCCAUGGUCAUCACUGGUCGCUUCAUCACAGGAGUUCACUCAGGGAUCUGUCUCAGUGUGGUGCCCAUGUAUCUGGGUGAAAUCGCCCCCAAAAACCUACGGGGAUUCCUGGGGCUGGUUCCUAGCAUCCACAUCUGCCUCGGAGUCUUCAUCGCUCAGGUGUUGGGACUCUCCGAACUGCUGGGAAAGGAGGAGCACUGGCCUUUGCUCCUGGCCCUUGUAGUGUUUCCUACUGCGGUCCAGCUGAUGCUGUUGCCAUGGUUUCCAGAGAGUCCACGGUACCUACUGAUCGAGAAGGGAAACAUUCAUGCAACCAUUGCAGCGCUGAAGUGGUUUCGCAGCAAAGGAGACAUCCAGGCAGAGAUUGAGGAGAUGCAGGAGGAGCAGCGCUCGCUGUCCUCCAUCCAGACGCUGUCAGUGGGCCGCUUGCUCAUGGACAGCUGUGUGCGCUGGCAGGUGAUCACCAUCGUGGUGGUCAACAUCGGCAUGCAGCUGUCUGGCAUUGAUGCGAUCUGGUUCUACACAAAUGACAUUUUCAGGAACGCUGGGAUCCCAGAACCUCACAUUCAGUACACAACGGUGGGGACCGGCGCCAUUGAGGUCAUCGCAGGGAUGCUGGGGUGCUUCACCAUUGAGCGCGUGGGCAGGAGGCCUCUGAUCAUCGGCGGCUUCCUCUUCAUGGGGAUCUGUUGUGCAGGGAUCACCGUGUCCGUCCUCCACCAGGCGCAGAUUCCCUUCAUGAGCUACAUCAGUGUGGGCUGCGUUAUUGGGAUCAUUGCUGGCUUCUGCAUAGGUCCAGCCGGCGUGCCUUUCCUGAUCACUGCAGAGCUCUUCAAGCAAUCUCACCGGCCGUCUGCCUACACUGUCGCCGGAUGCCUCAACUGGCUGUCCAACUUCACCAUCGGUUUCGUGUUUCCCUUCCUGCAGGAAGCCACGGGUCCUUAUUGUUACCUGAUCUUUUGCGCCAUCUGCUUUGGAGUGGCCAUUUACGCCAUCUUCAUCAUUCCUGAGACCAAGAACAAAACCUUUCUGGAGAUCAGCCAGAUGUUUGCGUCCAGGAACAAGAUCCCCAGUGAAGAGCUGGCCUCCAACGGUCAUUUGAAAAUGGCCCUGAUGAACGGAUAUGGAACUCUUGGUAUCCGCGAGGAAAAAUGA